CCUGUUCGACAUCUGAAAUAUUCAUCCUUUAAGAAAUCCUUGCUGGGCAGUGUUUCUGACAGUGGAAAUGUAACUCUCUGGGAUGUAAAUACCCAGGCCCCAUAUCAUAAUUUUGAAAAUACUCACAAAGCACCAGCCUCAGAAAUCUGCUUUUCUCCAGUCAACAAGCUGCUGCUUGUAACUGUAGGUUUGGAUAAAAGAAUUAUUCUCUAUGACACUUCAAGUAAAAAGUUACUGACAUCAAUAGUAGCCGAUUUUCCUCUGACAACAGUAGACUUCAUGCCUGAUGGUACUACUUUGGCUAUAGGAUGUUCCCGGGGAAAAAUCUGCCAGUAUGACUUAAGACAACUGACAUCACCGCUGAAAACAGUUACUGCGCACAAAGGCUGUGUGAAAUGCAUACGUCUUCAGUGCAGUACCACGUUUUCCAAGUCUAACCUUACAGGUCUUUCAAAUAAACCUGUAUCCAAAGGAGUGGAAGUCAAAGCUUGUAGUAAUCUUGGAGGAAUUCAAAAUACUGGCAUCAAAAAUCUUGCCUCUCAGGCAUCAGCAACAGUUUCAUCUCACCUGAUAUCGCCGAAUGAGAAUAAGGGAGGAGAGGUUGGUCAGGAGAAAACAGGUUUUCCCCAUAGCUGCAGCUUGGAUGUGAUUCCAUCUAAAGAAACAGAUCAUGGGAAAACUGCUGAUUUAAAUAAUUUUGAGUUGACUCGGAGUAGUUUAGGAGAUGUGUUUUCUCCAGUCAGAGAUGAUACUGUUCCAAGUAAAGUGAAUGAAGAUCCUCAAGGAAAAGGAGAUGAUGUGGAUUUUCAGUCCUACCUUUUGGGUUUGGAUUUUCUCCCGCAGCUCACCUCUUCCCUUCCAGUAAAAAGAAACCCAGUGGGCAGUAGUGCCCAAGGGAUACAGUCUAGCCCGUUACAUGUAUUUAUGGAAUCUCCAAUUAAAGAAGAGGAAGAACAUCCAGAGACUGACGCUAAGAAAAUAAAUCUUGGAAAGCAAGAGUGUAAAGAAGUCGUAAAGCAGCUUUCAAAGUCGAGCUCAUUAAGCACAGAAUCUGUAACUGUAAGUCUUCCACCGUCGUCCACUGCUGUGAAGGCUCCCGAUACAAAUGAGCGAGUCGUGAAGAAUAUUCCGGCCCAUCCUGCGUAUGAUCAACCAGUGAAUGGUACUACCUCAACAAGUCCAAAGAUAACGUCACCUGUCACUGCCGGAGUUGCCAGUUCAUUGUCAGAAAAAAUAGCAGAGACCAUUGGGAGCGGCAGACCAAAUGCACCGCUGACAUCGAUCCAAAUAAAAUUCAUUCAGAAUAUGAUACAAGAAACAAUGGAUGACUUCAGAGAAGCAUGUCAUCGAGAUAUUGUGAAUUUGCAAGUGGAGAUGAUCAAGCAGUUCCAUAUGCAGUUGAAUGAAAUGCACUCUUUACUUGAAAGAUACUCUGUAAAUGAAAGCUUAGUAGCUGAAAUUGAGAGACUGCGGGAGGAAAACAAAAGGCUGAGGACUCACUUCUGAAAGACUUGCACUGCUAAUUUGAUUAGCGUGAACUC